GGACAGAGGGUGAGGCAGAGGGUGAGACAGUAGAGGGUGAGACAGCAGAGGGUGAGACAGCAGAGGGUGAGGUAAUCAGGGUGAGUGAGUCGCAGACAGAAACAGAUCGGAGGUUUUAUUUUCCUGCAGACUGACGGAGGAUCAGCUGGAGUCACUGAAGCAGGAUGUUUGUGCUUUCAGAUGAAUCUGGCUCUGAUCCACAACCGGCUUCACAUCAAGACGUUCUGGGAGAAAAGAAUCGACACUCAGAGUCGACAUGAGGACAGCGAAGAGCAGAGGAAGAACCAAAGUGCCUUGAACAAGCUGAGGGGGGAAUGGCUGGUCCGUCUGGAGAGUCGAACCAAACACCUGAAGAACCUCAACGACAACUACAUGAGGAAGGUGAAGACGGAGAAAUCAGCCGACCAGACUUGAAUCACAACCAAACGAAGACUCGUUUUAUGGCUCUAAUCCAGGUUGUUUCCUCCUGACUCGAUCCUUGCUGGUGUGGAAGCUCUUCUGAUGUACGUCUGCUAAAUGAAACUGUAGAACUUUAAGCAAAGAACCAUUUCCUUCAUUCUGCUGUUCAACACAAAUAAAGAGAUGUUAGCAGACACCUCAAA